AUGCCGGAGAGGAAGUCGCAUGUCAAGUCCAGACUGGGCUGCAGCCAGUGCAAGUCGCGGAGAGUCAAGUGCGACGAAGUCCGGCCAACCUGCGGAAACUGCAAACGACGCCAGGAAAGCUGCUCGUAUAAGAACGCGAACCCCGUCACCACCUCACCCUCGCCCGACGCCUCCAGCACCACCGAUGGAUCCAGCGGCAUCCCGGGCACCGAGCGCCUCAAGCAGCUCGAGCUCAUGCAUCAGUACUGUACGAGCACUUACGAGACCAUCUCCCUAGGCCCCCGUCCCGGUGCCACGCAGCUGAUCGAAGUCCCUCGUCUGGCGUUCGCGCAUGAGUUCUUGCUGGAUACUGUCUUCGCCAUGACGUGUUUGCACCUCGCGUAUCUGAACCCGACGGAGGCACAUGUGCAUAUCGCGGAUGCGAUGAGGUACCAUUCGAGGGCGUUGGUGAGUUAUCGGCAGAGAUUGGAGAAUCUCCAAGCGUCGGAGUGUCGGGCGCUGUACCAUACGUCUGCGAAGUUGGGGCUCAUUCCUUUGGCGUUGCGGGCGGUGGAUGAGGAGACGGCCAAGGCGCAGAGGCCGACGGAGACGUUGAUUCAGCUGUCGAGUCUGUGGCGAGGGACGACGCUGGUGUUGAAUGCGACCAAGGAGUUGAUUGAUCCGAUGACUUAUGAGGUGAUGUUCCCCUAUCCGGACUGGGAUAAUCGGCUGCAUAAGAGUUUCAACGAUAAUAGCCAGAAAUUCUUGGAUUUCUUGCGGGAGAGGGCGAAAGGGGGAGAGUUCUUACCGAACGGACACGCUUCUUCGAAGAUCGACGACGAGUAUGACGACGACGACGAAUGCAUGACAGACACCCCAACAACAACAGCUCCCAUUAACGACCACGACCCGAGCGCCGUGUACAUCGACGCCAUCGACCAACUCCAAGGCCUCUACCAAGCCGUCCGCCUCGAGAAAUCCCGCAUCCUGGCCUGGCUCGUCUUCAUCCCGCCGCAGUUCCACGAAUACCUGUCUCAACAGCAGCCCCUGGCCAUGGCGAUUAUCCUCAUGUACAGCGUGUUUAUACGGGAUUUUGAGGCGCAUUGGUGGGCGAAGGAGUUCCAUGGGGAGUUGUUGAAGGAGGUUGUGCCGGUUGUGGCGGGGCUGGGGGUGGAGUUUGCGGAGAUGGCGGAGUGGGCGAGGACGGUGUUGAGGGAGGUUGUUGCCGUGGAGAUUUAG